AUGAGCUGGUUCGGCAACGACUCCGACCAGGCCCAGGCCUACCAGCAGGUCACGGAACGCCCCCACGAAGCCAAAUGGUCGCACGAGCUCAUCGGCGGUGCGGCCGCCUACGAGGCAGCCAAGGCGUACGAGGACCACGUCGCCCGCAACGGCCACCCCGACGACCACGCCAAAGCCAAGGAGAUCCUGGCGGGCGCCAUUGGCUUCUUUGUGGACCGCGAGGUCGAGACCAGGGGCUUGGACUUUAUCGACCGCGAGAAAGCGAAGCGUCAUGCCCAACGGCAAGCCGAGGAAGGUCUUCGUUCAGAGGGCCGGUACUAG